UGCAUGCAAUAUCAAACCAAAACAUACCUUUUUAUUUUCAUCUCAUAUAAGUAUAAUUCUCUCUCGCUCUCUCCCAAAAAUAUAAUUGAAAAGAUCCAAACAGAAAAGAUGAUGAGAAAAAACGACAUCUCAAGGAUUAUCGUUUUUGUUUUUGUGUUGUUUUCGAUUCUUUGUUAUUGUCCAGAUAAAUUAUUGGCCCAAAAAAGUAGUAAAAUAGAAGUAAAAGUUGGGGUGAUUCAGAAUUUGGGGACUGAUUUUGGUAAAUUUAGUUUGAGUUGUAUAAAUAUGGCUCUGAAAGAUUUUUAUAACUCUAAUCCUAGUUAUAAAACUAGGCUUAUUCUUCAUACUAGAGACUCCAAAUCUGACGUUGUUGAAGCUGCUGCUUCAGCUUUGGAUCUAAUUAAAAACGUUAAAGUCCAAGCAAUUCUAGGCCCAGAAACGUCAAUGCAGGCCCAUUUCAUAAUCGAACUGGGAAACAAAGCCCAAGUUCCAAUCAUAACAUUCUCAGCAAAAAGCCCAUCUCUAACUUCACUCCGAAGCCCAUACUUUUUCCGAAUAGCCGCAAACGACUCAUCUCAGGUGGAAGCCAUUGCCGCCAUUGUCAAAGCUUUCGGAUGGAGACAAGUAGUCCCCAUCUACGUCGACAACGAGUACGGCGAAGGAAUCAUCCCUUACUUAACUGACGCUUUACAAAACGUCGAUGCCCAAGUACCUUACCGGACUGUAAUUCCUCCGACCGUCACCGACGACCACAUUUCCGGCGAGCUUUACAAGCUCAUGACAAUGCAGACUAGGGUUUUCGUCCUUCAUAUGUUGCCUGAUCUUGGGCACCGAAUUUUUGCCAUUGCAGAGAAGAUUGGUAUGAUGGGUAACGAUUACGUUUGGAUAGUGACCGAUGGGAUUGCUGAUUUUCUUGGCUCGGCUAAUUCUACGGUUCUUGAUUCGAUGCAAGGAGUUUUAGGGUUUAAAACUCACGUACCCAAAUCGAAAGAGCUUCAGAAUUUUACAGCUCGGUGGAAACCCCAAUUUCAACGCGAAAAUCCCACCAUUGUUAACCCUCCUUUGGUGACUUUUGGGCUUUGGGCAUACGACGCCGUUUUCGGAUUGGCUGAAUCGGUUGAGGAGAUUGGUAAAGCUUCGAACUUUAGCUUCGAAAGUGUGAAUUCAGUUAACUCUUCUACUGAUUUGGGAUCUUUUGGGGUUUCUCGAACUGGUUUUAAUCUUUCUCAAGCGUUAUCUAAGAUGAGAUUUAAAGGGCUUUCGGGUGAGUUUAAACUCGUUAAUGGGCAGUUACAAACUUCAACUUUUGAGAUUAUUAAUGUGAAUGGAAAUGGUGAAAGAAAGAUUGGAUUUUGGACAGUUGAGAAUGGAUUGGAGAGAGUUUUGGGGUUUGGAGAUAAUAAGGGAAAGAGCAAACACUCUGGUUUGAAUACCAGUUUGGGGCCUAUAAUAUGGCCUGGUGAUUCGACCACAGCUCCUAAAGGGUGGCAAAUUCCGGUGAAUGGGAAGAAGUUGAGAAUUGGGGUUCCGGUGAAAGAAGGAUAUAAAGAGUUUGUGAAUGUUUCUUUUCCUUUCUCAAACGACACCGUUUCAGGAUACAGUAUAGAUGUGUUUAAGGCUGUGUUGGAGGCUCUGCCUUACUCUGUUUCAUUUGAGUUUAUUCCUUUUGCUGAUGCUUUUGGCAAUGCUGCUGGCACUUACAAUGACUUUGUAUAUCAAGUGUUUGAUGGGAAAAUGGAUGCUGCAGUUGGGGACAUAACCAUUAGAGCAAAUCGGUCAUUGUAUGUGGAUUUCACAUUGCCUUACACUGAGUCUGGUGUGUACAUGAUAGUACCAAUUAAGGAUGAUAGAAGUGAUAAUGCGUGGGCAUUCUUGAAGCCUUUGACUUGGGAUCUUUGGGUGACAAGUGGUUGUUUCUUCAUUUUUGUUGGUUUUGUAGUAUGGGUUCUUGAACACAGAAUUAACGAAGAUUUUCGUGGACCUCCAUACCAUCAAAUUGGAACAAGCUUUUGGUACUCCUUUUCAACCAUGGUUUUUGCACAUAAGGAAAAAGUUGUGAGUAACUUGGGAAGGUUUGUAGUGAUCAUAUGGUGUUUUGUAGUGCUCAUACUCACCCAAAGUUACACAGCUAGUUUGACCUCACUUUUAACAGUGCAAAAGCUCCAACCAACCAUUAAUGAUGUUAACCAACUCUUGAAGAACAAGGAGAAAGUUGCUUUUCAAAAGGGUUCUUUUAUAGAAGGAAUAUUGAAACAAAUGGGGUUUGAAGAUCACCAAUUUAUGAUCUAUAACACUCCAGAAGACUUAUACCAACUCUUUGAAAAUGGGAGUAAAAAAAAUGGGAUUGCUGCUGCUUUUGAUGAAACACCUUAUAUUAAGGUUUUUCUGGCAAAAUAUUGCUCCAAGUUUACCAUGGUUGAACCAACAUUCAAAGCCGACGGCUUUGCUUUUGCUUUUCCGAAAGGCUCUCCUCUUGUUCCAGAUAUCUCAAGGGCAAUACUGAAAGUGACCGAGGGAAAGAAAAUGAAGGAUAUGGAAGAUGUGUGGUUCAAGAAAGACACCAAUUGUCCGGACCCUAAUAACAUGUUCUCAUCCAACAGUCUUGGUCUCGAAAGCUUUUGGGGACUCUUCCUUAUCGCGGGUGUGGCUUCAUCAUUGGCUCUAGUCAUAUACGCGGCUAUGUUUAUCUACGAGCAAAGGCAUCUAUUGAUGAACUCUGACAUAGAACCAUCGAUUUGGAGGAGACUUAUGGCUAUUUUCAAAACAUUCGACGAAAAGGAUCUUAACUCGCACACUUUCAAAAAGAAUGAAGCGGGAGAAAGGAGUGUCAUUGACUUGUCAUCGCCGAACACCAAUUGCCCGCCAAGUCCUUCUGGGUUUUCAGUCCAUACAGAUUCAAGCUUUGUGUAUGGGGAGCAAGGAGUGUCUUCUCCAAACCGAAAUGUUACACAACCAACUGAUCAAGAAACUGUUGUUAUCUCAGCUGUAGAGCUUACUUGCCCAAAUCAAGACUCAAGAGAGAAUCUCAACUCUUAGAUUAUGCUAGUAAUGAUGGAACUCUACCUCAAUUUAUAAUGGUAUGAGUUUUAUUUGUACAUAAUUGAUCAUGUUACAUAUGUAGAUAUAUAUAACACUGAUUUAUGUAUAUGCAAAUUCUCACACUUACAUGAUAGUACAAAAGAUUCAUCGUUUAGUCUUUUAACCGUUGGGUUUGUCUAAUUAAUUAGAAAUUUUUACAAUUUUUUACCUUUUAUUUAAAUAAUAGUUUAAAAAAUUUCUAAUAAC